AUGGCAAGUCUCAAAAUUCCAGAAUUGGUUCCUUCUGCAGCUGAGGAUUCUCAACAACUCAGAAAAGCUUUUGUAGGAUUGGGAACAGAUGAAGCGCGUAUUAUUCAGAUCUUGGGUCAUAGAAAUGCAGCACAACGCAAGUUAAUCCGAGAAACUUAUCAAACUACUUAUGAAAAGGAUCUUCUCAAGGACUUAGAUGGUGAAAUAUCAGGUGACUUUCAGGGCGUUGUGCAUUUGUGGACUAUGGAUCCAUCUGAGCGCGAUGCAUGCUUGGCUAACGAGGCUACCAAACGUCUACCUGAUAGCAACUGCAUUAUCAUGGAAAUUGCUUGUGCCAGGCCUUCCGAUGAUCUGUUUAAAGUAAGACAGACCUACCACGCUUGUUACAAGAAAUCGCUUGAGGAAGAUGUUUCUGAUCACUCGACUGGGGAUUUUCGUAAGCUUUUGGUUCCUCUUGUAACUGCAUUCAGAUAUGAGGGAGAUGAGGUGAACAUGGCAUUGGCAAGUAAUGAGGCAAAGAUACUACAUGAGAAGAUCUCUGACAAUGCUUAUAAUGAUGAGGAACUCAUUAGAAUUCUUUCGAUUCGGAGUAAAACACAGCUCAAUGCAACAUUUAACCAGUACAAUGAUCAAUUUGGCAAUGCCAUCAAUAAGGAUCUAAAAUCCAAUCCAAAGGAUGCAUACUUGAAAUUACUCAGAUCAGCAAUAAAGUGUUUGACAGAACCUGAGAAGUACUUUGAGAAAGUUCUUCGAUUGGCGAUGAAGGGGCUGGGCACAGAUGAAGAGUCUCUUACUAGAGUUGUUGCAACUCGGGCUGAAGUCGAUAUGGAGCUCAUUAAAGAAAGAUAUUACCAGAGGAACAACAUGCCUCUGGACCGUGCGAUUUCUGAUGACACUUCAGGAGACUAUGAAAGAAUGCUUUUAGCAUUGAUUGGGCAUGGAGAUCUUUGAAUCAUGACAAGUAUGUUGUAGGAUAUGAGAAAUGUUUCCUAAAUUUUGCAGUUUGUGUUUGCUCCAAGAAUGUGUGGUACUGUAUCCCACAGAGUUUCUUGUGUUAUAUAGACUUAAUAGUCCA